AUGCCUGACUCCGAGUCGACAACGUACAGUUUUCUCUGCAUGGAGUGGACUCGAGCCAAUGCACCGAAGAAGAAGAAGCAACAUCUUACCUCACAGCACAGUUUCAUCCGCCAUGACUUUGACUCCGAUGAUGAUGACAUUGAGGAUGAAGAGGGCGAAGAGGCGGAGGCGGAUCAAAAUGUAAACAACACAAACGAGGCCAGCAGCAGCAGAGUUCAAGCGUCAAACCAAAUGACGCAACGACGACGACGACGACGACGGUUGAAUCUGAACACACUUCGAAAUAUGGCCAUCUACAGGGGACGCAGUUACUCGCUGAGACAAGUCUGGACGACGCAAUCACCACCAUCACAACCGUCGUUGGAAGGCAUCAGCGAGAAUGUGGACGAGAAGAAGGAAAGGCUGCUGGAAGAUCACCUGUCAUCAGCUGAUUUUGAGCGCAGUCAGAGUGAUGGGCAAGCGCUAACAAAGGUGAUUUGUAAAUCUUAA